CGAAGAAAACAGAGGAAUUAAACGAAUUGCUAGCUAAGAGGCGUUAAAUAUAUAGACAUGGAUGUAAGGAAAAUUGUGGUAGUAGUGGAAGAUGUGGAGAUAGCAAGAACUGCACUUCAGUGGACUCUUCAGAAUCUGUUGAGAUACGGAGAUAUAAUUACUCUUCUCCACAUAUUCUCUAUCACAAGAUCCAAGAGCAAGAAGAAACUCAGGCUUUUACGCCUCCAAGGUUUCCAAUUGGCUCUUUCUUUUCAAGACAUAUGCAACAAUUUUUUCAAUACGAAGACAGAGAUUGUGGUGACACAAGGGGAUCAAGAUGGUGGAAAGAUUGGUGCUAUGGUUAGAGAAAUUGGUGCUUCUACUCUUGUUGCUGGACUUCAUGAACAGAGUUUUCUUUACAGGUUCGCCAUGUCCCACAACCACAUUGCUAGCAAUUUGAAUUGUAAAGUAUUAGCCAUCAAGCAACCAACCCCACUGAUGACCACAGGCAUAAGGACAAAGACAAGGACCAUUUAUUUCCAAGAUAGUUCAACAAACAUGGACUUCUCACAAAUUGAAAUUAACGCACUGAGUUUUCCAGAAGUCAUUCCACCAAAAAUUCCAUACCAAAUUUGUCCAGAUCGUCAUUCUAUCAUUUGGAGAUCAAGAAGAUCGAUGGUCAAGAAGAAACUAAUAAAUUCUGAAUAAUUUUCUCAUUUCGAUGAGGGAAUAUAUAUGUGCAUUUUCUCAUAUUGUAUUAUGCGAUGACAAAAAUGAUUCUACAUUUCAUGUUUGACCCACACAACAUGCAUUAAGCAAAAAGAGUGAAAAUGUUAUACAAAAUUCAAGAAACGAAUGUUAGUUUGGGGUAUCAUUUAAUUUUCCCAGGUCAUUAGCUCAAUGAGAGCAGUUGUCUAAGCUUUUGAGUUUGAUCAGUAACUUAUGAUAUUUCCCUUACUAUUAU